AUGUCGGUGCUGAAGCAGUUGGGACCCUCGCAACCCAAGAGGCGGCCGGAGCGCGGCGUCCUGUCCAUCUCGGCGCCCCUGGGCGACUUCCGACACACGCUGCAUGUGGGGCGCAGCGGCGACGCCUUUGGGGACACCUCGUUCCUGAGCCGCCACGGCGGGGGCCCUCCCCCAGAACCCCGUGUGCCAUCCACCGAGGUCCCUCGCUGCACUCCACCGCCCUCCAUCCCACAGCCCCCCGCACCCGAGCCCAGGACCCCCGCUGACCCCCUACUGUCCUUCCACCUGGACCUGGGCCCCUCCAUGCUGGACGCGGUGCUGGGCGUCAUGGACGCGGCAUGCCCGGGGGUGGCCACCAAGCCGGGCCUGGACUCCCACUCGGCCACCCAGCACCCCCACCCUGGGGCCAGCCAGCCCCACGCGGGUCUGGAGCAAAAUGAAGGCCUGUAG